AUGAAGCUCGGGAAAAAUUAUGAUCCAGCAGUAUUUCCGCUCAUCCUGGUCCCAUGUUUUAACAGGAAUGAUGGACCCCAUGCCGAGAAGUCUUCUCCGGAUGUGCGUCUUGUCUCGGGCUGGCUGAAAUCAACCCCACACAUAUACGUACAUCAGGGCAAAACUAGCAAUCCCCGCUCUUACCGCUUCAGAGGUGUUUAUACUGACUGUAGUGGCUCAACAGAAAUCAUUACAGUGCAGAAACAUUAA